AGGAGAGAUUCAGAGAAUAAAAACACAGAGCUCAUCGGGCUUGAAAAGAUCAAAAGAAAACAAAAGGGAACCAAUCUCUCGCUUCUCGUCUUCCUCUGCUCUGCGGCCAUUAGAGUGAUUUGAGAAAAGCUUGAAUCGAAGGCUUGAGAGCUUGAAUCGUUGAAUUGAAUCGAGUCUCUUGUUGAAGGAUUAGGGUUUCCACUAGAAACCCUUGAUUGUAAUCCUUCUCUUCGUUCAGGUCAGAAUUCGUUGCUGGGUCUUUGUGGCGGCGGCUGGAUUGAUUGUUCUGGUUGUGGAUUGAAGAGGUUUCCUAACCCUACCAAUCGAAAGCCCGCCCUCCCUUACUUUCUUUUGGUUGUGGAGGAAGAGAUUGGAGAUGGAUAAUUGGGAGGAUGAUGAGUUUGUGCCGCCUCCACCUAGCAAAGAACCACCCAAAAGUAAGUGGGAUGAUGAAGAUGUAGAAGACGAAGAUGUGAAAGACUCUUGGGAAGAUGAUGACACAACACAGGCACCCAAAUCUGCCCCUCCAGUAGAGAAGACUACAACCAAGCCGGGUGGCAAAGCUGCCGGGAAGAAGGUAAAAGAACCUGAGCAAAAGCCUGAACAGAAUGUUACCCAGGUCAACCAAGAAGUAGAUGAAGUGCUUUCAGAUCCUGUCGCAGAGAAACUCCGUCAGCAAAGACUUGUAGAAGAAGCUGAUUACAAGUCCACUGCAGAAUUGUUUAGUAAGAGUAAUAAUAGUGAUGCAAAAUCCCUGGAAAACUUUAUUCCCAAUUCAGAGAGUGAUUUCACGGAGUAUGCUGAGCUCAUCUCUCAUAAAAUACGCCCUUAUGAGAAAAGUUUUCACUAUAUUGGCCUUCUUAAAGCUGUCAUGAGGCUUUCUAUGACUGCUUUGAAAGCGGCAGAUGCGAAAGAGAUAGCUACAUCGGUCACAGCAAUAGCAAAUGAAAAACUGAAGGCAGAGAAAGAAGCAAAUGCUGGCAAGAAAAAGCAAGGGGCUAAAAAGAAGCAGCUUCACGUCGGCAAACCAGAUGAGGACAUCGAUGUUCGUGGCACCUAUGAUGAUCUUGGAGAUGACUAUGACUUCAUGUGAGAUUAUUAAGCACUACCAUUAUUCUCCUUUAUGUGAGAAGAUAAGAUGUCUAUGAAGGUAGUUAUACAUGAUUAUGGACUUACAAGAUGAUUAGGUUUCCAUGUCUGGACUUUUCUCCAGCUGUGCGAGAAGUAAAAUAAACAGGUGUUCAUAUAUGGAAACACUCCCCAAGAGGCCUUUUUUUGUAUCAGUUAGAUUUAUUUUGUUUUAUUUUUGACUGGUUCGCUUGUGUUUCCUGGUGAGUACUGAUUCGGAUGCUUGUAUUGAAUAUUGUUUGAAUUUCAACAGCUCCUUUGUACUCCUUUGUUAUCAAAUGUACACCUGUCUGUUUUGUGUUUAA